GCUGAAUUAGAGCCAUUCACAUUCUAGUACCUCGCGGUGGCCCUACCGCAAACCCAUUGCGCCUUUGAAUUGUGACGAGGAACCGACGGUUUAUCGCUUAGCGUUAUUUCUUUACUCCAGCACUUCCUGUGCAAUUUGGGCACUAAUUCAUUAUCUUGGUUGCUCGCUGGCGUGAAAUAAAUGCAAGUGAAGCCGCCACCACAACCAUGCGUCCGGUGCCCCAUUGGCCGAAUUCCACGGCCAUUCACACCUGUUGGGCCUUCUAGAUGCCAGCGUCAUCUGUGUCGGUCGCGGAUGCAGGAAGACAGGGAGCAGACCGAAGAGGAGCGGAUAGUCAGCGCAAGAGCAGAAGUAACAAAGCGUAUUAAAGCCCUCGGCUCAACGGGGCGAGUGCGGGAGGCUAUCAGUGCCCUGGCAGGCCUCGCCAACUUAGGCAUUCAGCCCGACACGCAAGCAGCGACGGCCCUUGUCCAGGCGUGCACACGCGAUAUGGACUUGGCGCAGAGCAUUUUCGACGAGAUGUUUGGCGAGUUCCUGACUCCGGACGAAGUGUCUUUCGCGGUGCUGCUGCGGGGCUAUGGCGCCCUCGACCCACCCGACUGGCCUCGGAUCGACGCCACCCUCACCACGAUGCGUAUGAAGCAUGGGAUAGAGCCCUCCGCAGUGUCCUUCAACGCGCUGUUGGAGGUGUGCUGUCGUACUUCCGACAUCGAUCGCGGGCAGGACAUCAUUGACCGCAUGGCGGCGGACGGAGUAGCGCCCGAUGAGCUGACGGAGGAGGUGGUGGCCAAGCGCCGUGUGCUGCGAUCCUACCUGCGGAAAACGCUGUUAUGAGCACGUACGUUGCUUGUUACGGGUAGCCUUGCUUGGAAGCAAUUUUGACGCAAAAAGCGGUGCUUGCAAUGUUUUUCCUUAGGUUGGGCUGUGCAGAAGCUGGGUUUACUUUAUUUCUACCGUUAUUUCGAGCGACCGGAGCCAUAGCCGGGAACAUGGGCAGAAGUAGGCUAGAAGUGUAGUGCUAACAGCGGGUAGGGUUGCCACGUUUCAGAGAGCCUUUUUCAAGCAGUUUGUGGAAGGGUAAAGAGGCACCAGAGCAGGGCUUUUGGGAAAAGGCUGGUGGCUGCAGUUCGGCGUGGUCCAAGUUUUGUUUUGCGCGGCAUGCAUUCGACAAUCAUGUGUGCGCCAACGUAUCACCAAUUUCCGUCUGUUAGUUUUAAUUGACUGGGACGAGCCCGACGUGCAGGGUCAGGUCACCUGGCGCGAGCUCCCGACGUGAUGAUGACAUCAUGGCUUUACGGCGGUGCUGUAAGUGCCAACUCACCAGCUUGGGAAGAACUGUA